CUAGCUGUUCAUGUGUUUGAGCAAGCUUCCAUUAAUCAUGACUAGCUUCACAUUUAUGUACAUAUAAAUAAAGCAAGCUCCUUUCAAGAAUAUCCACCAUUUUGUUUUCUAUAUUUUAGCAGCUGCCUUUCACUAUCCGACAUGGUUGAGACCUUAUGGAUAGAGCUUUCACUCACCAAGAGGAAAGAGAAAGAACCCAGCAGCUACAAAAUCAACAGCUCAAGCUUUGUCUGCCAUUCGUGAGGUUCAGAGGCUUCAACAACCACAACCCAUUUUCUAUUUUUGGGUUUUGGGCAUCAAAGUUUCUUCGAAACUUGCAUUGCAGAGCUCGAAUAUCUAAUUCCUGUUGCUUGGGAAGGCUUCAGUACAAUGGUAUGGUAGUGAAUAACUCUGCAUUUUGCGAAUCGCCUGGCUUUAUUAAAGAAGGAAAAGCUGCAAUGGAGGGUUUGGUUGAGAGAAAUGAAGGCAUUAUUGAAGGGAAAAGAGAAGACUUUGGUGAAUGUUUGGGUCAAGUUGGAACCUUUGGGGAUUUGAUUGAGGAGAAGGGUCGUGUAAGCAGUUCAAGUUCAGAAUUUUUGACAUCUGAGACGACGGGCCAUGAGGAACACAGUCACAGUAGCUCUGAUGAAGAGACAUCUUCGGCGCCCUCAUUGGGUUGGCCUAUUCAGAAAGCUGAGGCAUCAGAUUGCACCAGUCAGAACGGUAGUGAAGCAGCAGAGAGAACCCAUUUGGAUGAUAGGAACUUAGAGAAACAAGGGUCAACAAUAUCAGAGACUGAGUUGAUGAAGGAAAGGUUUUCAAAAUUGUUGCUUGGAGAAGAUAUGUCAGGUUGUGGAAACGGGGUUUGUACAGCAUUGGCUAUAUCAAAUGCCAUUACUAAUCUUUGUGCUACCUUAUUUGGGCAACUUUGGAGACUAGAACCUCUACCCCAAGAGAAGAAACUGAUGUGGCGAAGAGAGAUGGAAUGGCUUCUUUGUGUGAGUGAUCACAUUGUUGAGUUGAUACCUUCUUGGCAGACUUUUCCUGAUGGGAGCAAAUUGGAGGUCAUGACUUGCAGACCCCGCUCAGAUCUUUAUGUUAAUCUCCCUGCCCUUCGUAAAUUGGACAACAUGCUUCUUGAAAUAUUAGAUAGUUUUGUCAAUACAGAGUUCUGGUAUGUUGACCAAGGGAUUCUAGCCCCAGAUGCUGAUGGGUCAUCCUCUUUCCGAAGAGCCUUUCAGCGUCAAGAGGAAAAGUGGUGGCUACCUGUGCCACGAGUUCCUCCUGGUGGACUCCAUGAAAACACAAAAAAGCAACUGCAGCACAAACGCGAUUGCACGAGCCAAAUAUUAAAAGCUGCCAUGGCUAUUAAUAAUAUCACUUUAGCAGAUAUGGAAGUGCCGGAAUCAUAUCUGGAAGCUCUUCCAAAGAAUGGAAGAGCAAGCUUAGGGGAUCUUAUUUAUCGAUACAUUUCAUCAGAUCAAUUCUCUCCUGAAUGUCUGCUUGAUUGCCUUGAUUUGUCCUCUGAACAUCAAGCCAUAGAGAUUGCCAACAGAGUGGAGGCCUCAAUCUAUCUGUGGCGCAAAAAAGCAAAUUUAAAACCCACAAAUAAUGCAACCAGAUUUAGUUCGAGGUCAUCAUGGGAAAUGGUUAAGGAGCUGAUGGUUGAUGCAGAGAAAAAGGAGUUGCUUCCGGAAAGAGCAGAAAGUCUCUUAAUGUGCUUGAGGCAACGCUUCCCUGGUCUUCCACAGACAGCCCUCGAUAUGAGCAAGAUUCAGUACAAUAAGGAUGUUGGGAAAUCCAUCUUGGAGAGCUACUCACGGGUUUUGGAGAGCCUGGCAUUUAACAUUGUGGCACGUAUUGAUGAUCUGCUAUAUGUAGAUGACCUGACCCGCCAUUCUGAUCAGUUCUCAUCCAUCUCCAAAGUUAGUAUCAUUUCACACAAGAGCACUCCUAAUCCAUACACAGUGCCCAUCUCAAGCACUCCAUACAAAACAGCUUUCACCACACCAAGCUUUUCACCUGGACAGCUAGUUAGCCCUCUCAGGGGAGACAGAUCACCAUUCAUCACCAGUGGCAAGAUUCCUCAGCGUGGAUUGGGCGUAAAAAAAGUAUUGACUGAUUAUCUGAGUAUCGAUGCGAAAGGAAAGGACUACGGCGAUCCAAUCGAGAAACCAGAUUCUGUAUCGAACACAAUGCAAGAGACGCUGGGAUCUCAAAUGGGAAUGGAUUCUUACCAGUGUACAAAAGCAUCAACAAGCCCGGCAUCGCGGGAUUCAAUCACACAAGAAUGAAUCGAUAGGCCGGUUGCCCAUGAGUGUUCAGCUGCUUGAACUAGCUCCUUUGUGUUUGGUUUUUUUCUUAGACAUAGGAGGGCAUCAGAGAGUGGGGAAGGCUCAUUGUUCAUUAAGGCUGUUGACUCUUGUUAGAACAA